AUGAACACAAGUCCGCCGACUCCCCUUCAACUGCUGGACGCGUGAAUGUUGAUUGUAAGAGUUUGUUGGAUUUAUUAGUUUGUCGGGAGAACAUUUACUUCACUCCAACAACCGAUAAAAGAGACGCUUUGGAGAAAGAAGCUCUCAUCAUUCACUGAAGUAAAGCAGCUCCAGGUCAAAGGUUACAGACCUCCCACCUACAGUUGAACCAUUAAACAGGUACAUAUGGGGCAGGGGGAGGUUUCAGCUCGAGGCUCAGCCAUGGAGGGGGACUGCCUCAGCUGUAUGAAGUACCUUAUGUUCAUCUUCAACUUCUUCAUCUUUCUGGGUGGCUCCUUCCUGCUGAGUGUCGGCGUUUGGGUGCUGGUGGACCCGAUGGGCUUCAGGGAGAUCGUGGCGGCCAACCCGGUGUUGUUCACCGGGGUCUACGUCAUCCUGGCCAUGGGCAGCAUGCUGUUCCUGCUGGGCUUCCUAGGCUGCUGCGGAGCCAUCCGGGAGAACAAGUGUCUCCUGCUCUUUUUCUUCAUGCUCAUCCUCUUCAUCUUCCUGGCCGAGCUGGCAGCUGCCAUCCUGGCUUUCCUCUUCAGGGAGCAUUUAACCAGAGAGUAUUUCAGCAGAGAGCUGAAACGUCACUACCAAGGUCACAACAACACCGACGUCUUCACAUCUACAUGGAACGCCAUCAUGACCACGUUCAACUGCUGUGGCGUGAGUGGCCCCGAGGACUUCGAGGAGAGUCUCUUCAGGCUCCUCAGCCCAAGUAAGAUGGUCCCAGAGGCCUGUUGCCAGAGGAACAGUUCCCCCGGAGACGUCAGUGUGGAGCAGUGUGUGAGCGGCAGCAUGGUCUUCAGACACAACAAGGGCUGUUACUCUGCGAUGGUGGACUACUUUGAGAUGUACAUUUACACAGCAGGAGCUCUGGCCAUCGUGGUGCUGACAAUUGAACUCUUCGCCAUGGUGUUUGCGAUGUGUUUGUUCAGAGGCAUCCAGUAACCGUCGCGUCCACACGCAUCAUCACCAGCCGUCGGAAAGGCACAAGCAGAACGAAAACAAAAACUGUAAAAUAUGAAAUGUAUUUGUACAGUGAUAGUUUAUGUGUCUCAUUGGUUUUGUGACAUCAUUUUGUACUUCACAGCAGCAACAGCAGCAGCAGCAGGGCGUUUGAGGUGCUGCUUUGGGCACAAUAGACACACACAGGAAGUAAUUUGCAACCUGAGAAGGUUCUGCACUGUCCGCACUGUUUUCUCAAAGGUUAAGGCUUAACACUGGUGUUAAGAGGGCAAACUGAAUUAUACAUCGUCACUUCAGUCCAGAAAACUGGGCCUAAAGCUUGAAACAUGUUUUAUAGCCCGAUUUGGCCAUGAUGAUUGAUUCUCAGGAUCAUGGAGAGUCUGCACAACAGCGUCCAGGUACAAUCAGCACAUGUUAACCUGCAGGGAGCCUCAGAACAGAGCUGACAGGAUUAUAACAAAAAUGUGAAUCAACAAUGGAAAUCAGAACAUGUCGGGCCUCAUGCAAGAACAUUUUUGUAUUCUGAUCAUAAACCUCUCUUUCUUUUUACUGUGAGGUUUGCUGAGCUGCACAAAUGUAUUGUUUGAACUUGAUGAUGAUGAUGAUGAUGAAUUUAAACUGUUCAUGAGUAGAAUUAUGGAUGCCCUCAAAUGGCUUCAUAAGGCCACCUGUUCAUUCACAAAAGCAUCACACAAGAACAGACAAAAAGAGAACAAACUCAUCCGUGUCAGGAGUAGAACAUAUUAAUACAGCUGCCCACAAUGUUUCAUCAGAGCAGAGCCGUAGUGUGACAGAAAUAAAGGAAGGACGGUCUGACAUGAAGAGGAUAUAAAACAGCUGUUUAUAUCCAGCGGGCCGCACACUCUGAGAGGUUAAAGAUUACUUUGUAACAGGAAAGCGGUUUACCGCACGACUGCCUUCAACUUCAAAUUCAGUUUAAUUAAAGCGCACAUUACCCAGAGAGUCGCUUUACACUUAACAAGUCAGUAAAAAACUUGAAAGAAGAAAACACAAAAUAUUACAUGAAAAGUAAACACACACACACACACACACACACACACACACACACACACACACACACACAAGUUUGAGGUAAAUCAUUUAAAAAACAAAGAUUGUACACGUUCGGGUAGCUCGCGUACUUGUCAAUGAGCUAAAAUCAGUGAUUUGGGUUCCCAGCAGGUAAAAUUAGGAAAAAUCAUAGUGAAUAGAAUAAAGAAAUGUUUUCAACCUGGAUUUGAAAGUAUCAUCCCAAAUGUAAUUAAGGCUGGAGAUAUAUGAGGAAGAAAGUCCAUUUAAAGUUUUGUUUUACUUUUUGUUUUUGUUACAAAUUUAAACUUUAACAUUUCAAUCAGAUUAAGGCGUUAUGAUUGUAUCAUUUCUUUGUAAUUCAAGUUUUUUUAUGAAGUUUUCCAAUAGAUAAACAAUAUAAUGCAAAACAAAACAACAUAUUAAAGUGAAUUAAUUAAGAACAAGUAGCAAAGCAAGCAGAACAAAACUAAUCCAACUGGACAGGUAUAGUAGUUAACCUAAGUCAAAUAAGCCACACCAGCAAAAUAAGUAAGGACAAACAGACAGAAAUGGGCCAGUGAAUAUUAAUACAAUACCAUCUAAAUACAACAUAAAUGACGUAAGGCAUUGUGAUUUUUGAGUGUAACAGGUGUUUUUCCCUGUGGAGAACUGUCUGUACACAACUCAUACGACAGGACUCGUGAAUUUCAUUCAUGCUCUAAAUCCGUGAACAUUUCUGAAUGUGACAAACUGUCGUCGUACAAGAGGUUCUUGCAUGAGGCCUGAAGUCAACAACACGAGUCAUAAAUCUUUAAACAUGAGUCUCUUCACAGUCAGGAUUAUUUGUGUUUGUUUACAAGAGUCUGUACAUUAGUGCAGGGUUCAGUGUAAAGUAUUAAGAUAAGGAGUAUUCAGUAUUUAAGUUUGUCAUGGAGCACCUGUAAAUGAAUGCAACUUCACACCAUGAGAUUGAAUGUGUGUGAAUGUGUGCGAGUGCAUGUAUGCUUGUUUAUAUGUAAAUAUGCCUCAGUGGGACUGUGCCAAUGUACAGUGUGUUUUCCUCUUUGUGUACAGUGUGAUAAUGUUACUGUGGUCAGUAGUUAUAUAAAGUGGAAGUUUAGCUAAAAUAAUAUUUUACUGUAUGUGUGUUUUAAUAAACAAAAAGUUGAUUUGUAUAAAUGGCACUGAUUGAUAUUAAACUGAAUUCUGUGGUU